AUGGGAGCGGGAAGGGGCGGGGCUUCGCUGCGGCGGGAGGGGCGGGGCGUUCGGGUCACGUGGCGGCGGAUCCGGAAGUGGCGGGCCGUCACGUGGGCGGGCAUGGCGGAGCUCCGCGUGAACGCGGCGUUCGCGGAGCGCUACGGGCGGUACCGGCGGCGGGAGGAGCUGCAGCGCCUGCGGGACCGUUACGGUGACAGCGGCGACAGCGGCGACAGCUCCAGCUCCGAGUCCAGCGGGGACGAUGUGGCCCUGGACCCCCGCGAGGAGCGCGAGUUCUACCGGACGCUGGCGCUGCUCAAGACGCGCGACCCCCGCAUCUACCGGCAGGACACGGCGUUCUACACCGGCACCGGGCCCGAUGAGGAUGAUGAAGAUGAGGAUGAUGAUGAUGAUGAUGAUGAUGAUGGUGAUGAAGAGCGGGCCCGGCCGAUGUUCCUGAAGGAUUACGAGCGGAAGGUGGUGCUGGAGCACGAGGGCAAAUACGUGGACGAGGAGGAUGAGGAGGACGAGGAGGCGGCGGCCAAGCGGAGGAAGGUGAGAGGGAACGGUCUGACCCCCCCCCCAAAAAUCCCUGGGACCUCCUCCCCAAAAUCCCAUUUUCCCCCCUCAAAUUUAUUUUUGGCCACAAAAUCCCUUUUUCCCCCCCAAAAUCCCGCUUUGCCUCAAAAUUCCCAUUUUUUUCUUCUCCAAAAUCCCAU